GAGAGGAGACCAGCAAGAAGAAGAAGGAAGGAGGAAAGGAAGAAAGAUGAUGAUUGUAUUUCCUCAGCAACAAAAACAGUAAAUUAAUCUUCUUUGCCCUCUCAUGAGUCUUCUGGGAAAAUUCCUGCAGGAGUUAAUGGUGCCAACGUGCACGCGCUCGGCUGAACCAUGCCACCUUUGUGGAUCCUAACUUUGGUCCUCACUUUGAGGCCAGCGUGGUGCGUCCGCUUCUCCCAGGAGCCCGCGGACCAGUCGGUGGUGCUUGGAGAACGCGUCGUGCUGUCCUGUGUGGUCUUCAACUACAGCGGCAUCGUCCAGUGGACCAAAGAUGGCCUGGCGCUCGGCGUGGGGGAGGGCCUCAGAGCCUGGCCCAGGUACCGGGUGCUCCGGGCUGUGGACACGGGCCAGUACAACUUGGAGAUCUCCAACGCUGAGCUGUCCGACGAUUCACUGUACGAGUGUCAAGCCACUGAGGCUGCACUGCGCUCCAGAAGGGCCAAACUGAAUGUUCUCAUCCCCCCCGAAGACCCGGUAGUGGAGGGAACCCCAGAGCUCCUGCUCAUGGCUGGAACACCACACAACCUGACCUGUGUGACCCGCGGCGCCAAGCCUGCAGCACACAUCCAGUGGACCAAGAAUGGAGUGCCAGUGGAGGGGGCCCACCAGUCCACGGAAGUGCUGCCCGACAGGAAAAGGGUGACGACAAGGAGCUACCUUCCCAUCACGCCGGUGGACACAGACAGUAGCAGCAACUUCACCUGCGUGGCCAGCAACCCAGCUGUCCCCAUGGGCAAACGAGCCACCGUCAUGCUCAACGUGCACCAUCCUCCAACGGUAACUUUGUCCAUUGAGCCUCGCUCGGUGCUAGAAGGCGAGAGAGUCACCUUCACCUGCCAGGCCACUGCAAACCCACCUAUCAUGGGCUACAGGUGGGCUAAAGGUGGCGUGUUGCUAGAGGGCGCCAGAGAGAGCGUGUUUGCCACCACGGCCGACCACUCCUUCUUCACAGAACCUGUGUCCUGUCAGGUCUUCAACGCUGUGGGGAGCACCAAUGUCAGCAUCCUAGUGGACGUCCACUUUGGACCUAUUCUGGUGGUGGAACCACGGCCCAUCGCAGUUGACGUGAACUCGGACGUCACCCUGAACUGCAAGUGGUCCGGCAACCCCCCACUGACCCUCACGUGGACCAAGAAAGGCUCCAACAUGGUGUUGAGCAACAACAACCAGCUCUACUUGAAGUCCGUGAGCCAAGCCGACGCUGGGCAGUAUGUCUGCAAGGCCAUUGUGCCACGCAUUGGCGUGGGAGAGACCGAGGUUAUGCUCACUGUCAAUGGCCCCCCCAUCAUCUCCAGUGACCCAGUCCAGUAUGCCGUCAGGGGGGAGAAAGGAGAGAUCAAGUGCUACAUCGCCAGCACCCCCCCACCUGAUAAGAUUGUGUGGGCGUGGAAGGAGAACGUAUGGGAGAAGGAGAAAGGCACCCUGAUGGAGAGGUACACGGUGGAGCAGAGUAAGCCACCAUCGCAGGGCGGGGCCGUCCUCUCCACCCUCACCAUCAACAACGUCAUGGAGUCAGACUUCCACUCGCCGUACAACUGCACCGCCUGGAACUCCUUUGGCCCCCGCACCAUGAUCAUCACGCUGGAGGAGACAGAUAUUGUUCCAGUGGGAGUCAUCGCCGGCGGUACGGUGGGCUCAUCCAUCCUGCUGCUCAUGUUGCUGCUGGCACUCGCCUUCUUCCUCUACCGCCAACGCAAAGGCAGUCGCAGAGGGGUCACCCUCGGUAAACCAGACAUCAAAGUCGAGACAGUCAACAAGGAGACCCACAGUCUGGAGGAGGAGGCGGCCAACGUAUCCACGGCAACCCGGAUGGUCAAAGCCAUGUACUCCUUUCUGCCCUCUGUCUCCCUCUCUCCCUCCACUCAGCCCUUCAAAGACGACAUGGACCUCAAGCAGGAUGUCCGCAGCGAGAGCGAUACGCGUGAGGAGUAUGAGCUCAAGGAUCCGACUAACGGCUACUAUAACGUCAGAGCCACCACACACGAUGAGGCUCGCCCCCAGUCUCGUACCGUCCACUACCAGGGUGAGUUCCGCUCCUCUAACCCAAACAGUGGAGCGUCCAGUGGCGUGUCUGGUGGACCUCCAGUCGCUGCCAGCGGUGCAGUCCCCCCCAGUGCGGUUCCAGGUUCUAGGGCCGGCUGCUACGACCCCCGUCCUCCUUCUCGGAUCUCUCAUGCCACAUACGCCCAGUUCAACACUUUCUCCCGGGCGGCGCAGAGCCAGCAAGCUGCUCCCAGUUCGGUGCUUCAGUCACCCGGAGACUACCCAGGAGACUGCGGGCUGCUGGACAGUACGACCCAGUUGGCCUAUGACAACUACGGAUACCCCUCCCAGUAUCCCAGCUACCGCAUGGCCUUUGCACCACCCAUAGAAGAGGGGCCAGCCUAUGAGAUGUAUCCGACAGGACAAGGGACCGGGCAGGGGCCUGGGCCGGGACAGCAAAGUCCCGAAGCGGGACUCGGGAAGUACGGAACAGCCACUCGCUUUUCGUACUCAUCGCCGCCAUCUGAUCAUUCCAGCAGACACACACAGCGGAUGCAGACUCAUGUUUGAAAUACACAUUCGACAGCACUACCCAUAAAACACAAAAAUACAUGAAAAGUAGAAAAAAAACACAUCUCCAUACAUCAACUUCCCAGAUUUAGCUUUCUAUUUCCAUUGCAACCAGCGCUGUGUAUUUGAAAACAUCCGAUAUGCUGUAGUUAGCAAUAUGAAUCACACAUGUGAGGCGGCGCUCACGCAUAUUUGCACAGGCCGUGCGCUGCAUGUGGCGACGACGCUCCGAGAAAAGCAGCGAGAGCCACAAUCAUGAAGACGAAGAGCACCUUGAUGAAGAGCAGCCCCAGGUUGCCUCCGCAAAGCUCGAUCUUGUGGGAUCCUUUUGAAAGUGAUGUCCUCGUGUGCGAUGAGGUUCAGCAACUCACAUGCUCUGCUUUUAUUUGGACAGCUUGUGACAAACAAAACAAACCUUCAUGCAGCGUUAAGGCAGCAUGGACUAGAAACAUUUGUGGCACUUUUGGACCCAAGAGACAGUGGACGAAUGUGCACUCAAAUUAGCGAGACGAGUCCUCUUUUGUAACAACUGGACCACAAGACCCUUUUGUACUUUGUCCAAAAAGAGCGGUAGCAAGCGCCAUCGAUCAAAUUUUAUAUCAUCAUCAUCCAUUUGUAAGUGGAGAUGAAUGCUUGUUCGGUGGGUUUUGCUUUUUUAUUUGAUGACUUUCAGUUUGUACAAAGAAUACCUCCCCUGUCCUCAAGUGUCAAAACAUGUUUGUUUCUCUCACUUGCACAGUAGAAUAGUUUUUUCAUAUUUAUACUGAAACAAAUGAAAAAAAACAGCAUUCAAAAACGUUUUAUAGUAUUUUUGUAAGGAGUUGUGGACCAAAGGUUCAGAAUUUUGGGUGACACUCACACUUUUUAAUGCGUGCUAUGACGUGAUCAUCGAUCACUGGAAAUGGAAGAGCUUGUAGACGAUUUAAAGAGUUUUACUUCAAAAAGAUUAACAAUACAGAGCAAAGGGGAAUGUCUUUUGAAGCGAAACCUACGGUGGGCGUCAGGGGCAAGCGCUCAAAACACAGAAAUGAUCAAAAAACAAAAACCCACGAGCACAGUAAAACAAAUGCAACGGGAAAAUGCUGCAAAUGAAAAAGGCUGCCAUCAUAUAAAUGUUGCAGGAUCAAAAACAAAUGCAAAAGAAAAAUGCUACAAAUGCCAAAAACACAAACAAAGCCCAAGAUUCAAGAUUCAAUUCAAGAUUCAAGAGUUUUAUUGUCAUAAGCACAGUAAAACAGGUACUUCUGCUAUGCAAUGAAAUUGUUGUUCUGUUCAUUCUCCCAAAAAAAGAAAACAAAAGAAAAUGAAUAAGAACAUAAGAGACAUUAAUACCAAUAAAUUAAACAACAACAACAGAAGAGACAUCAAUACCAAUAAAUAAAUAAAUAAAGUGUUAUGAGUGUGUACGUGUGUUGCGUGCGCCGCGUGUGAGUGCUUCGUUGAGAAGCCUGAUGGCCUGUGGGUAAAAGCUUUUCGCCAGCCUUGUGGUCCCACAACUGCAUAAAGAGAAAAGCUGCAAGUUCAUGGAACAAAACCUUGUGGUAGCCUAGCUUACUUUCGUUUUGUUCCGUGAACUUACAGCAUAUCUCUUCAUGCAGUUGUGUUGUGGGUUUGUGUGUGUUGCAUUUGUUUUUUUUUAUCUUGCAGCGUUUAUGUCAUUGCAGCAUUUUUCAUUUGCAGAGCUCCCCGUUGUGUUUUAUGGUGUUUGUGUGUUUUUCGUUUUGGGUCAUUCCUGUGUUGGGAGCGUUUGGACGUUGCUGGGCGUUUGCCCCCGUCAGCCCUCGUAGAAACUGCUGACAGGCAGUUUUGUAACUGGAAUGCUUUUUUGAAACGACAUUCAGAUGAGAAAAGGUGUUCAAGUGGAGUCUCAACAUAUCAAGGAAGCUAUUGAGCUCAGUUGUUCCUGCAAACACAGACAUGCUGGCUUCCUCACUGCAGCAAAACAAACGCUUGUGUGUCAUGUGAUUCGUUACACUUGAUGGUGUUUAUCUUUGACAAUUGCACGGUGAAAACAGCUUUUAAAUCACUGCUGCUAAUUUGACCUCCAUUGGUAUGUUGCACAAGAAAGCUUCAACUAGGUACCAUACAACAACAGCAUCCUAAAUUACGCUUCUUACGAUUGUUACAGCUUAUGAUCCCCCCAAUAGCCAAUACCUGAUAAGACAUUGCAUAUGCAGUGGUCCAAGCAAAUACCUGUACAUAAGGCAGGAUAGCGUUCAAAUGACAUCGACAUAUGUUGUCAGUCAUGUCAUCUAAUGAAUCUAUUUCUGUGACCAAUCAGCAACAUCAAAGUACAACUAUCCACAUGUACAAAGAAUGUUCAUCGUAGGAACAACCGAGCUGUGGUCAGGUCCGCAAAUUAGCCCCAUCAGGACCAUCGGAACAUUUUGUUGUUUGGAGAACAUUUGGUCACAUCUUUCAUGUUCACCAGGAGAAAAGGUAUUAUUUGGAAAAACUCCAUCGGUACAAGUGAGAUUAAAUUCACGUAUUUUGAUCUUGUUGCAAUCCGGUCAACUAGCUAUGAUACAAAAACACAAUCCAGGUGGUCCUCAGGUUACGUCCAAGUUCCGUUCCUAGACUGUGAUGUAAGUUAUUAUACCUAAAUGAACUCACACUGUACAACAGAACACAUGAAGUACAUAUAAAAUACAAUAAUAAAACACUAAAGAAAUACUUAAAAGAGUCAUUUUUAAAAAAGCCAAGCACGAGCAACCUUUCCGUCUCAGUAUUAACACCACUAUUAUUACUGUCCUUUUCAGAGGAUCAGAGACAUGGCGGUUAUGUGUAAUGUUGUCUUAAAGAGUUUUGUUAUUUCCGAGAGGACAGUUGAAUUUGCUGCUGUUUUGGUGUGGUUCGGCAGACAGCAGCCAGUUUGGUUUCUGCAAGAGAUUGUUGAUCGACCACCUCCUCGUUAUCCUUACAAUGUCCGGGUAGACGGUACAAUAGCAUUGUUAUCUUUAAUGAUGGUGGCAAAAGUCGGGCGAGUGAGACAAGUGCGGCCAAUACUGAGCACAUAAUGUAGUCUUCCGCUGCGCACUGCGCUGUAACUAGUUCUCGAGUGAGUCUGGUGUUUACGGACCAAAAUUACGUUUUUUGAUGAGAGUAUUUACGUAACCACGAAAUGAUAUAACAAGGAACACCGUAAAUGGAGGACCACCUGUAUGUAUCUGAAACCACACUUCUUAUGGUUCUUCCAGCUUAUGAACCUGCCUAACUAGGGCUGGGCGAUAUAUAGAUAUUUGUAAUAUAUCCCCUCCGUGCAUGCAAGCGGAGGGAGGAGGGGUGAAGCAGCGUCUGCGGUGGAAGAAUUAGUGAGAAUGUGGCCCUAAUACUCCGUCGUGGCUCGGUAAUUUGGAGGUACUUCAAAUUCAGAGCAUAAAAAAAUAUUUUUCACCACCAAACUCCAGUAUGAAGUGUGUGUGAAGCUGCGCGCUGUCUCACAACUGCCACAACACAAAGCGGUGUCAUAUCACAUUGCGGAAGGUAUGGUCAAGACUUUAAAAACCUGCUGAAAACAAUGAACUUGCGAUGUCCAGCGAGCUUCGCAGUCGCAAUUAUUUAGCACGACGAGCGCUACCACAAAUGUACAAGGAAGUCAGACAGUUGUUAAGCCUGAUGCAGUUGACAGGUUGGUGUUCCUGGCACAAAAUAAGAACAUGCUUGUGUCUUCUAAAAAUAUUUACCUACUGACAUUUUAAAAUUUCCAAUAAAACGGGGCACUCCUUCAUAUUUUGCUCUUUUGUGCUUUUGUUCUUAGCUGAGUAUUUGAGCAUAGCUAAAGGUUUAAUUAUAAAAAAAGAUUAUAUUUGACUUUUUCUAUAUUUAUUUCAAAAACAAAAUGGCCUACUUUAUUUUAGACAUUAUUUUUAGAUACAAUUUUUUUUAUGUGCAUCUCGCAUAAAGCUUGAAAGCUUUAAAACUUCAAAAAAAACAUCCUCAUGUUAAGUGUUUAUUUUAAUAAAACAACUUGACUUGGCAUAUAUUGAUUUUGUCUAAACUCACUUUGUGGAAAAAAUAUCAGGAUAUAUAUCAUAUAUCGAUAUUCAACCUAAAUAUAUCGGGAUGUGAGUUUUGGUCCAUAUCGCCCAGCCCUAUGCCUAGCUAGCCAUUACCCGAUUAGGCCAAAUCAAAACCUAAGGCACUAUGUGACAUAUUACAUCAACAUAUGUCGUCAAUGAUGUGAUCGAAUCUAUUUGUCCAUAAAAUGGUGCACAUUUUAGGUGCAAUGGUUUCAAUCGUCCUCCAAAGCAGCGAGCAGCAUAUCAUGCACUGUCUGUGGUACGAAAUCUUAUUUAGGCGACCAAUCCAGCAACAUCCAGAUGUAGAAAAAGGUAGAAAUGAUCCCCACAACGUUUUGCCAUUUGGAGAAUAUUCUGUCACAACUUCCACCCUCCAUCCACCCCUUUUCUAUGCCGCUUGUCCUCACCAGGGUCGCGGGGCUAUGCUGGAGCCUAUCCCAGAUGACUUUUGGGCGAGAGGCAGGGUACACCCUGGACUGAUCGCCAUCCAAUCGCAGGGCACAUGUAGACAAACAACCAUUCACACUCACACCUAUGGACAAUGGAGAGUUGCCAAUGAACCUAACGUGCAUAUUUUUGGAAUGACAACUUCCACCUUCUCUAGGAAAGUGUCAAAUACAUUUUUGUGGUAUUAUUUGGGGGAAAAAAGGUCAAAUAUGUGUUAAAUUGUUUUUGGACUAUUUGGUAUGGACUUUGUGGAACAACCUGGCCACAAACUGGGCCGACCCACAUGACAAGCAGGAUAUGCUCUCAUGCUGGGCCACCAGUGAUUCCAGUGGCUUACGUCACACUUUUGUUGAGUGCCAGUUAAGUGUUAAUUAUGCGUGUAUGUACAGUACGCUGUCUGAGUUGGUGUGCGUGUGCGUGUGUAUGUGCGCGUGUGUGUGCUUGGCUUGGUUUGAAAUCUUUUAGUGGAAGAAGUUUGACCUGACCACUGUCCACUAAUCACAAUGAUGAUGAACCCCCCUCACCACAUUAGCAUUAGACAGUUGAUAACUUUUCAACUUGAUCAGGUUGUUUUCCAUGGAGGUCUUGCUCUGCCCCUUUGCUUGUGGUUCACACACAACUCCGUUCUUCAUAAAAGGCAGAGAAAGUGAGAUAGCAGUCAAGAUUUGGUUUAAAGUAGGACAGCUGGAAGAAGUCAAUGGCUAACGUGUAUAGCACUGUGCGUGCGUAUGUGUGUGCAUGUGUGUGCCUGAGCAAGUGUUUGUUUAAACAGUUCGAUAAAUAUAUAUACAUAUAACCUCCAUGGUCCGCAUUUAAUUUGAAGUGCUAUUUAAUGUACACGUGUGCUAUUCCAGUAUGCCCAUGUUAGGUCUGAGUAUGUCGUUUUUUCCUUUCCUUUUUCUGUUUUUUUUAUAUAAGUUCUGCUCACGCAAGAAACACUAUUCGAUGCGAUGUUAUUGUUUCAAAUUGUAUGUUAUUAUUUUUUCACACAAUUCCAGAAAAUUAAAGUUUCAUAAAAUAAAAAUUAAAAAGUCUUCUCUCAAUUUUAUUGAUUAAAAAAAAAAACGUUUAAAAAAAAUGUAAUGUCAUUUAUAGAAAUAUGAGAACAUUGUGUGUCCUUUGAAAGUUGCUCUAUGAAUCCAAGUUAUUAUGGGCCGGCCUGGGGAGAAACAGUAAAGUCUAUUGCUGCUUUACAGCAUUAUGUGCUGCUCUUUCAAAGAAAUGCGGGCCAUCAUGUUAUUCCUCAUACUUAUUCUUUAUGUAUGAUUAGUAGAAUUUUUUUGUUUUUGCUGUGACUGAUUUUGGGCACGGCAUGCAAAGAACCCCCACACAAGUUAUGUUGCGCGCAUAUACAAGAGGUACGUCUCAAUGGUGGGAAGGUCUGCAUUUACAUUUUGGAACAUUCAACAAACAAUGAGACUUGCCUUUUUUUUUUUUAGAGUAACACAGCAACACACUUUUUAUUUCAAUGUGUUCACACACUUCUGCACUUACUCUUUGGCUAAAAAGUUUUUUCAUUCAUUAAUUUUCUGUUCAUUAGUAUCAGCUAUCCCAGCUGACUUUGGGCAAGAGGCGGGGUACACCCUGGACUGGUCACCAGCCAAUCACAGGGCACAUAUAGACAAACAACCAUAAACACUCAAAUUCAUACCUAUGGACAAAUUUUAAUGACCAGUGUAAUGUUUUGACUCUGUCAUACGGAGCCCCAGAGGGGACAUGGAGGAAAAAAAAUAUGAUGGGUAAAAAAAAAAAAAAAAAAGAAGAACGAACUUUUGCUUUUGCGAGGGAACGCAAAAGUUUGUUGUAUUUAGAUACUUGUCUUACUGAAGAGUUGGCAACAUUGGGCCUCAUUUACGAAACGUUCUUACGCACAAAUGUGUUCUUAAAGCCUUCUUACGAAGAUUUUUGGCAUUCACGAAACGUGUUCUUAACUCACAGUUCUUAGAUCUAAGAACAAAUUCCACGAACGCUCAGGAGGACUCUUACGCACAAGCAAAGCUUGCACUUUCAAUGCGCAAUCGCCCUCAUGAUGGAUUUUGCAACCUGAUCCCAAAAAAUGUAGUGCAAAUAAAAUAUCCCAACAAUUAUUUAUCAUCAAAACAACUAAAAUAUACUGCAUGGAUAAAUAUAUAUUCAAAUCCCAAUUCAUUCAUCCAUUUCCCUACCUCAAUCGCAAACGGUAUCACUCAAUUAAUAUCCAAAUAAUCUCAGAUUCGCAACAAGAUUGUGAAUGUUGUUGCCAGUUUCCCUGGAGGUACACACUACUCCUACAUUUUCCGAAAUUCCUCCGUUGGAAUGCGCCUGAGUCAUGGCGCAGCAUGCGACGGAUGGUUAAUCGGUGCGUAAAAUGUUAAUUUCUUGCCUUUUGCAUGUUGUUAUGUGGCCAUUAACUUAUUUUACAGGUGAUCGAGGCACCCUGGCACCUUGGCUCAUGACACCAUUGAAUAAUACGCAGACCGCAUAAGAACAAAUGUACAACCAAAAGCACACACUUACACGCUCCUCCGUGGAGCGCACCAUCAAGGGACGCUGGAUGUGUUUGGACACUGCAGGUGGAAGGCGGCUCUACAAACCAGAAAAGGUAGGUUUUGUAGUAUUUAAUAUUAGGUUUUAGUUUAUUUAUGCUUUGGAAUGGCAAAAAAAUAAGAGGCAAAGAUUCUGAUUCUUUGUGAAGGCUCUCAUUAAUCCAGGAAUUCUCCAUUGCAAAUAUGUUUUAUGUGGUCAACUGGAUAAAUAAUUGAUUCUCUGUUGUUGCAGGUGUGCAGGAUCAUCAGAAUAACAUCGCAAUGAAACGUGGUGUGUCUAUUGCGCACGUAGCACCCCCAGAUAACGACAUGCGCCCCCAGCCACGUCUUGAGCCAGAGCACGGGGCUGCUGUAUUAAUUAGGCAGCGUCUAAUCAAAUGUAACCACAGAAAAAAUAAAUUGUCACACACAAACUAUGUAUUUUAUUUUCCCAUCAUGAUUGUGUAAAUAUUUUCUAGAGUUUCCAAAAUGGUUUGGUUUCUGAUUGAUGGCCCACCUCCCGUUUCCUCCAGAUCCCUCCGGUGCAGUCCAAUCUUUUUUUUGAGUCUAUUUUAAGUCAAAACAGUUCUUUUUAACGUCUGCGGUGGUGCGUUUCUCCGUGGAAACGGCAUUUAUGUUUCCUGCAAUGGUGCUCCAUGCCGACUCUUUUUGGAUGGCCUGAUGACCGGUGGAUACACGUGAAAAUAAGGUGGUCUUGUGUUCGCUCACUCCUUGUCAAAGCACCUCUAUUUCAGUAGAAUUUAACUUUUUCUUUCGUUUGUUGUCCAGCUGCUCCUCAGUCUUGCCCUUGCGCGUUGCCAUCUCCGCCUCCAGCUGCCUGUUGCGCACGGCACAUUUUUGACCUUAUAUAGGAAAUAAUAGGCGGUGACCUAUGCAAAUUAGGCCUUACAUGCACGUGCAUCGCAGCUGGCAUUCAUCAACCUAAGAACACCGGUGAGAACGAUUAUCCCUACUUAAGAACGUGUCGUGAAUGUGGCGCAGUUUCCAACCCGCGCCUUCUUAAGUACACUUCUUAAGAAGACUUUUAAGAAGAUGUUCGUGAAUGAGGCCCAUUGAUGUCAACCGCCAUAAUACAGAAGAAAAAGAAGACAUUUGUAGACGGUCCCUGCGCUCCGGUCUAGCUGCCGCCUUCUCACGGAGAUCAAUAGAGAUCAAUCAAGUCAGACUGCACAGAACAUGGCUCGUUGUGAUAAA